AUGUCGUUCUUGGCGUUGCCCUCGUCAUUUACCUCGAGUUUAUCGCUGGACAUGGCUUUUCGGCGAAUACUCGUCUUCAGCAAAUUGUACACGAAAAGUUGGGGGGAUCCGAUCGUCCUAAGAGAUCUACGAGAGUACUGGCACCAAGUGAUGUCGCAGGGAAAAGUGAUCGAUAUUUUGGAUGCCUACGAGAAGAAUCCAAUGAUCAUCAGCAAGACAGAAAGUGAGGCCAACGCGAUCAUUAUGGAGGGUCACUUUCAAAGUCCACACGCGCUCGAGUUUCCAAAACAUAUGCCGGGUCCACUGCAAAAAGCGCACUGGCGAGGGGUUUUCCCGAAAAACGAACGAAAAGGAUUGAUUCUUCACCUAGCCGGCACUGGCGAUCACACAUAUUUUAGACGAGAAAAGGGUUUCGUUGUCGAUUUGCUGAAAGAAACGGGCACCGCCGGCAUCAUGCUUGACAAUCCUUUCUACGCGAGAAGAAAGCCACCUAAUCAAUUUCGCUCGAGUUUAUGGAAUGUUUCCGAUCUUUUCGUGAUGGGAGCCGCGCUGAUGGCCGAGAGCCUCUACCUACUUCGAUGGGCUUACGCGGAAGGCUAUUGGCCACUCGGAAUCUCUGGGGUAUCGAUGGGUGGUCAUAUGGCUUGUUUAGCGGCGUCUAAUGCUGUUUUUCCGGUUGUUGUUGCCCCCUGCCUUUCCUGGACUACCGCAGCACCUGUAUUUACAAGCGGAGCCCUGAGCUGUGCGGUGCCCUUUGACGAGGUUCUACAAAAACAACUCAACGAUCCGGUUUAUCGAGAGAAAUUGGAGGCGAUACCAAACAGCAAGUGGCUGGAUAGAGCGAAAGCUCGUCAAGAAGAAAAUAAGCAAUCGCUGGCGCGCAAUUUGAUGUGGGUGUUGAUGCACGAUUUCACGGAUCUUGGGCAAUACCCGGUGCCUUCCGAUCCAUCCCUUGUGCAUUCUGUUGUUGCCGAGCGUGACUACUAUGUGCUACGAGAAGGGACAUCACAUCUUACAGAGCUAUGGCGUGGCGCAACGGUAGAGAUGAUCCCCGAGCGAGGCCAUGUGAGCAGCUACUUCGCCUGCCACGCAAAAUUCCGUUCCGCCAUUGCCGGACGCGUUGAAGCUGCUCAAUCCAAAUACCCGAAACCGAUACUGUUAUCA